AGCCCAGGCCCAAACUGACGGCUCCUAAGAUCCCAGAAGGGGAGAAAGUAGACUUCGAUGACAUCCAAAAGAAGCGUCAGAACAAAGACCUCAUGGAGCUCCAGGCCCUCAUUGACAGCCAUUUUGAGGCCAGGAAGAAGGAGGAGGAGGAGCUGAUCGCGCUCAAAGAGAGGAUUGAGAAGCGCCGCGCAGAGAGGGCCGAGCAGCAGAGAAUUCGUGCCGAGAAGGAGCGGGAACGCCAGAACAGACUGGCGGAAGAGAAGGCCAGGAGAGAGGAGGAGGAUGCCAAGAGGAGAGCCGAGGAUGACCUGAAGAAGAAGAAGGCCCUGUCCUCCAUGGGAGCCAACUACAGCAGCUACCUGGCCAAGGCUGACCAGAAGAGAGGCAAGAAGCAGACAGCCAGGGAGAUGAAGAAGAAGAUUCUUGCCGAGAGACGCAAGCCACUCAACAUCGACCAUCUUAGUGACGACAAGCUGAGGGACAAGGCAAAGGAGCUCUGGGAUACUCUGUACCAACUUGAGACGGACAAGUUUGAGUUUGGGGAGAAGCUGAAACGCCAGAAGUAUGAUAUCACCACCCUCAGGAGCCGCAUUGACCAGGCCCAGAAGCACAGCAAGAAGGCCGGUGCCACGGCCAAGGGCAAAGUCGGCGGGCGCUGGAAGUAGAGGCGCCGGGAGGCUCCCCGUGGCAGAGACCCUCAGCCCCAACUGGCUCCGACA